CCCUUUUCGUGGACUUUCUUCACUUCGAGGGACUUUUGUUGAGCUGAAGUUAUGCUCGUUCUCUAAUACAAUUCUAGUCCAUGAAUUCUAUGCGCUUUGUGGAUUUCGCCACGAACAGAGAGCCGCUUCGGCCCAGCUCUCUGGGCCACAUGCUCUGCAUCUUGGGGACAAGGAGUGUGGAGCGUCCCGUUUCGUAUGCCAUGGAACACUGAAAAGUCGAUGUUAUCUCCCAACAGUUUGGGAGCGGACUUGAGUUGUUCCGACUUGGAAUACAUGAUUCAACAAUACAUAUACCAAGCCGGCCAUGCUAUACUUACUUCUCUUCCUUCGUUCCACAGAGUUCCGAUCCCAAGGAUGCCAUCCCGAACAACAAUAGAUACGCCGAAUGGCAAGAUUCCCAUAGUCAAGCCACUCUCAGCUUUCACACGCCUGUCACCCAGCGUCGGAUUUUAUGAGCCACCAAAGAGCUUGGUACGUUCAGGCCUGACCGACGACUCGUCCCCAACUAUAAUCCUCCUCUGUUCGUGGAUGAAUGCCAAACCAAAGAACGUUGACUACUACACUCGUAAUUACAUGAGUCUUUACCCUACCGCUCGCAUUAUCCAUGUUACAAUCAACACCACGCAAUUCAUCUUCCAAUCAGAAGCCCAACGCCGCAAAGACAUGAUGAUAGCAGUAUCGACUCUCCUCGCUCGAGAUGAGAAAUCUGAAAGGAUUUUCGUCCAUUGCAUAAGUAAUGGCGGAGGCAAACGUGGUUAUAAUAUCGCUGGGGCAUAUCGUUCUGUGACAGGCAAGGCAUUACCUGCCCAAGCCAUGAUCUUCGACUCGGGACCUGGACUUCCAAGAUUCAAGCGCGAUGUUUAUUCCUUGAUGGUACCAACCCAAAAAAUGAACUGGCUACCUUGGCUGUUUUACGCAACCGUUAGCGUUGCGACGUGUUCCAUGAUGUUUGUAUCUGUAUAUUGGACGCCGCUGUGGUUCUGGUACGAUCUCGUGUGGGGCCCGACCUACGGGUGUUCUGACACAACCCUGGUGGACGAAAUAUCAAUGAGAGGGUACAUAUACAGCAAAGAAGAUCUGGCUAUUGACUGGAGAGACGUUGAAGCCCACGCUGCAGCCGCGGAAGAGAAGGGGUACAAGGUGUCGAAGAAGUUGAUACACGGUGCGCACCAUGCUCAGCUGUUUAAGGGAAAGGAUGGAGAAGAGGAUUAUUGGGGAUUUGUCAAGGAGAUCUGGGCCAAGGGAACCCGUGCCACGGAAUGACCUUCCUAACAAGAAUGUCAGAAGAACAGCCUGCCAGUUGAAACAAGCAAAGGAAGGAGCUUCACAACUGACCAAGAUAUGGUCAUUCCGAGUCUCAAUCUCCAGCACUUUUGACGAACAAUAUAAGACUUUUCCGAGUUUGGAAAUUUACAUCAUCGUCUUCCUAUUGUGUUGACGACUUUGUGUUCCCUUGAUACCUGUUGCAUUUCUC